AUGAGUAUUAAGAAGACUACUUUCUUCUUAGAGCAAAAAGAAAGAGUGAAACAGAUUUUCCCCAUCUAUCUAUCUAUCUAUCUAUCUAUCUAUCUAUCUAUCUAUCUAUCUAUCUAUCUAUCUAUCUAUCUAAUUAAAAGACUGUCUUUUCUUUCAUUCUUAUUUUUCUUUGCUCAACUUCACCCAUCUUUCCGUGACUCUCCCUGCAUAUUUUUAUUCAUAUCUAUCUAUCUAUCUAUCUAUCUAUCUAUCUAUCUAUCUAUCUAUCUAUCUAUCUAUCUAUCUAUCUACUUACCUACCUACCUCUACCUCCCUACCCCUUCCUUUCCUCUUUGGCCAUUACUUUUUAAAAGUUUUUUUCCCCUCUCUCACCUUAUCUACUUUUUAUUCCCUCUCUCAUCUUAUCUAUCUACAUUUUAUUCCCUCUCUCACCUUAUCUACUUUUUAUUCCCUCUCUCACCUUAUCUACUUUUUAUUCCCACUCUCACCUUAUCUAUCUAUCUAUCUAUCUAUCUAUCUAUCUAUCUAUCUAUCUAUCUAUCUAUCUAUCUAUCAGCUUUUUAUUCUAUCUAUAACACGUUAUUUCAUAUCUACCACACAUCGACCCCGACACCAGUUCUUGCCCCCACUGCUGUUGCACUCCCACCCACUCACCGACCAACACAACCAACACACUGCCUCUUAUUUCUUUUUACUCUUCUUCUAUUAAUUAGAAAGAGAUUUCAAAAGGUCGUUCACUUACUCUCCGACCACACAGACACCAUCAACUCAAGAAAGAAAAAAUCUUUUUCUUUUUCUUCUUCUUCUUUUAUAACAUCAGCAGUUGUAGGCUGCAGGGGCUGGUAUGUUGGUUUUCACCUCUUCAGGCCAACUUUGCUCUGUAAAUUCCACGAUCAAUGGCCGGACCCUCUUGCACACAGACUAUCUCUAUUUUACCUCCCUCGCCCUUCAGAACGUCCUAUACUUCAACCCUGCGCCCAAACCAUUUCUACUUACCCAGUCCCGACCCCAAACAUAUUCUUUCUUUUCUUUUCUUUUCUUCCACUUACAUUUUUUUGCUUCUGUACAUUUUAUUGUUUCUGCCACUUCUUUGUCUUCCUUCAGCUCUGA